CCGGAGGGCCAAGACCCGGCUCGGAGCUGCCCAGAGUCCCGCCGCGCGCACGGCCGUGGGAAUGAUGAAAAAGACCUUUGACACUGCCAGAAGAUGGAUCCAGCAAAGACAUGAGCACCUGCAGGUGGAGGAACAUAUUGACUGACACCGGUGUCUUGCUCCGUGAUUGGAAGGCCCCAUCCCCAGCCCAACAGGUGCGAUGACAGAGCAGCUGCAGGCCAGCUUCGACAGGAGCUUGGCGGAGGCCCAGGCAUGGAUGGAGGCAGUGCAGGAGCGGCUGCGGGUCAACGACAACACGCAGGGGCCCCGUGCAGAGCUGGAGGCCAGGCUGAAGGAAACGGAGAAAAUAUGCAAGAUGGAGCCCGAAGGGAACAUGAAGGUGGAGCUAGUGGUGCAGAUGGCCCAGUCCCUCCUGGACUGCUGCCCUGAGUCACAAAAGCCCAAGAUCCAGAGCCAGAUGCGGAACAUCAAGGACCAGUGGGAGGACACCAGCACAUUCAUGACACAUUGUCACAGCCGAAUUGAGUGGGUGUGGCUGCAAUGGAACGAAUACCUGUUGGCCCGGGACAAGUUCUAUGACUGGUUCCAGAAGAUGCUGGUGGCGCUGGAGCCCCCGAUCGAGCUGCAGCUAGGCCUGCGAGAGAAGCAGUGGCAGCUGAGCCAGGCGCAGGUGCUGUGGGACCACGUUUGCUAUCAGACUACACACCUGGAGCAGCUACUGGAUGAGGCCAAAGCCCUUUACAGCAGGAUCGGGGACCAGAGUGUGGACGAGUUCACGCAGAAGCAGAUGAAGGCCCAGUAUGACUUAGUGAAGGCCAAAGCUCAGGAGAGAGUGGAGCUGCUGGAGCAGGUGACCAAGGAGCAUGCAGAUUUCCAAUCCUGUGUGGAAGAAUUCCAGCUGUGGCUCAAGGCCUCAGUGGACAAGGCCAACAGCUGUCUGGGGCCCGACUCCACACUGACCACCAAGGACCGACUCCUGGAACUGCAGGUCCUGGCCCAGGAAUUCCCCAGUGGCGAGGAGACUCUGAGCAGUCUGGAGGAGCUGGCGGUGGGGGUCAUCCAGAACACCUCUCCAUUGGGCGCGCAGAAGAUCACAGAGGAGCUGGAGAGGAUGCGCAUAGUACUGCAGAAGCUGCGCCUGCUCUCCGCGGAGGAGCAGAACCGGCUGCGGAGCGUGCUGGAGGCCGAGGAAGCCUGGGAGCUGCGGGCCAGAAAGCUGGAGAAGGAGCUGCAGGAGUUCUGGAAGAUUCUGCAGAGGCUGUCCCAGCAGAGCGUGCCGCCCGAUGCCCCUACGACGGGAACCGUAAGGACAGAGGCCACGGAAGGGGGGACCACGCAGCCCGACACUGAGGCCUGCACUGAGGACGAGCUGGUGGCCCGCUGGAGACACUACUCGACCAUGCGAGCAGCACUGGCGGUCGAGGAGCCUCGGGUGCAGCAGCUGGAGACCCAGAUGAAGGAGCUGGCAGGCCUGCCCCAUGGAGACCCCGAAUCGAUCACAAGGGGGGUGGUAACUGCUAUCCAGGAGUUCCAGAGCCUGAAGCGGGCCAGCACCCAACUGCGCAGUGCGGCAGCCAGCGGCCUGUGGCAGCGUUUCCAGCGGCACCUGGAGUGCCUACAGCCUUGGAAAGACCUGGCCCAGAAGCUUCUGGAUAUCACCACAAGCCUGCCCGACGAGGCCUCCAUUCACACCUUCCUGCCCCAGAUCGAGGCCAGCCUGCUGGAAAGCUGCUUCCUGAAGGAGCGGUUGCUGAUGCUGCCCCUGCAGGCCGAAGUCUUGGACAGUGUGUUUGGCCUGAAUCAAGCCACAGUACUGCUGGAGCAAGUGACCAGCUCUCUGAGGGACCGGGACUUGCUGCACAACAAUCUCCUGCAGAGGAAGAGCAAACUGCAGAGUUUGCUGGCCCAGCAAGAAGAUUUUGCCACUGCUUUCAAAUCUCUGAAGGGGAAGUUUCUGGACCUCGAAACCAAGAUCGAAACCAGGAAGGGGCUUCAGCGGGACCUUCCUGGGAAACAGGUCCAGAUGUUGAGGUUGCAGGGGCUGCAGGAAGAGUCGCUGGACUUGUGGGCGCAGGUGGAGGCCACAAAGCCCCUCAUCCAGGGGAACCCCCAGCACCAGCAACUAAUGGACCAGCUAUGCAUCGACUGCCAGGCCCUGCAGCGGUCUCUGGAUGACCUGGUGGACAGCUGCCGGCAAAGCGUGCGCAGACAUUGCACCUUCAGCCACCAACUCCAGGAGCUGCAGCAAUGGGUGACCGUCACCACGCAGAAGCUGGAGUCGUAUCAGGAGGACGUGGGUCUGUGGGCCGCUGGGCCCCGAGAGGCCGAAUUACAGAAGCUGCUGGCUCAGUCUCCUGAGAAAGAGGGGGAGCUGUCACUGCUCCAAGCACUCAGCGGCCUGGUGGUGGACUCCACCUCGCCCGAAGGGGUCAUCCUGGUGCAGAAGGAGCUAUGGCAACUGCGGGAGUCGUGGGAGGCAUUGAGGUUGCUGGAGGAGAAGCUGUUAAGCCUCCUGCGGAACCACAAGUUGCAGGGGGCUCAAGAGGGUUCCCCCAAGAAGAAAACCAUCUUUACCAACAAUAUCCCCAAGGGUGGGUUCCUCCUGGACCCCACAGACCCUGUUCCACAGCCUCGCAGGCCAGCUCAUCCACUCCCCGAAGAGGCACGCGGCCGUGAAGAUUUCUCCCAGCUCCUGAGAAGCUUCGAGCAGUGGCUGCAAAAUGAAAAUGCCAAGUUGGCUAAAGCCAUCGCAGCCAGGACAGCCACAGCCAAGUACUCAAAGACCAAGAAGACCAGGCUGAAGGAGUUGAAGGCUCGGGUGGCCGAGGGUCAGCGUCUCUUCGAGAACCUUCUUGGUGCCAAGCCGGAGGGCGGCAGUCCCAAGCAGCUGGAAGACCUGAGUUACCAGUGGAUGGUCUACAAGUCCAAACUGGAGGACGCCGGCCACCUGCAGACACAGACUUCUCCAGGGCAGCCUUCUGGAUUCCAGGAGGUGCGGCAGCCACGAACCUGGAGCUCCUUCUUGCAGAGGGUCUGGCACACGGCGCUGCCCCUGCAGCUGCUGCUCUUGCUCUUCCUGCUGCUGCUCUUCCUGUUGCCCGCCGGAGACGAGCGACGCAGCUGCGCCCGGGCCAACAACUUAGUCCGCUCCUUCCGCCUCAUGCUGCGCUACAGUGGGCCCCCGCCUACCUAGCCCCCAACUCUGCCAACAACGGGGGUCUCCCCGCUGCCCCUCAGCCUCCCUCCUGAUUCCCGGAUGCCUGUGAUGGUCAUCCACCUAUGGGGCUCAUGGACUCUAGAUGUACUCCUUGCAUCUAGAAGACGUUGCCGUGGCCUCCCUCUCUGGAAUCAGGGAAAACACCUGCCAUCUGCUGCCACGUUGCUUGUCCCCACUCUGAGGUUUGGUCUGCAGUUGGCCCUGGACAGCAGGAAAGCAGGAAGAGUCACCUCUCAGAGCCCUCCAAGGCAUCCCAUGCCAGUGACAAGACCCUCAGGGACUGGGCAUCGCUCUGCGCCCCUACACUAGCUUCAGCCCUAGCGAGAACAUCGCCCAUGGGGCCCUAUUGCAGGGGUCAGACAAGGGAGGGAGGAAGGUUCCAGGGCAGGUGCAGGACUGGCACAGCCGAGGGGAGUUCAGGGGGCCCUGAUGCACCUAUUCAGCUGCGAUGGGACAGAUCAGUAGGGACCACCUGUGGCCACCACCCUCCCCCCAGUCCAUGAAUGCCCCAUGGUCUCUGUGUACCAUUCUCGAGAGGUGCUUCCUUUCCAAGAUGCCCUUUGGUGCUGCCCACACGACAAAUGCCAGAAGGACAUUCUGGAUCCCCUGCUCUCGGUUCCUAGUUUUUAUUGGGGAGGCCACACCUGUUGGUGCUUAGGUUACUCCUGGCUCUACGCUCAAAAAUUAUUCCUGGCAGGUUCCAGGGACAGCCAUGUACAGUCCAUGGGGUUCCUAGUUCGGAUUGGGGGGUUCCCUGCCAUGUCAGGGGGCAACAGAAAGGUUCCCCAACUGGGACAAGUUUAUUCUGCCGUGCCUCAUCUUAAAGGGGACAGGGAAAGAGGCAGGUCCUCUGAAAUGUGCCCCCAAGUCCAGAAUGGGCGCUCUGCCCACCGCAUACCAGGCAGAAUCUGGAGCUGUGCUCACAAGGGCGAGCUGUGCUCACCUGGGAAGGGCCGGACAGCUCUGCCUCCAUCUCUGAGAAAUUUGGGGUUUCCCAGCGACUGGAACCAGGAUUCACAUUUCCUGUGAGAGAAAAGUUGCCUUGCCCUUGCCCACUCAGUAACACAUAGACACAAGGGACAUCCCCGGGCCCUGGAAGCCAAUGUUGUACAGCCCAGGAGGGUCUUUCUUCAGAGGGAGAGUCAAGUGGGGGUAAGCCCCACUGUACUUUGAGAUGCACCAUUCCCCUUCUAGCGCAGGGACAUCCGGGUCUCCUGGAACCAGGGGAGUCAGGGAGAGUUCUGGGCAGGCUCUGGAAGCAGCUCCUGAGGCAGAAGAAACCCAGUCUCCAGCGUGGUCUGGCUUUCAGGCCAUCAGGCUGUGCUGCUGUGGUUCUGUCGCAGCAGGCCUGGGGUCUGGGGACUCCUUUCCACACUCCCAUUUCUUAGGCGUAAAGACUGAGACUGGGAGGGGGGUGGUAAGUCACCAGGGGAACCCUGCUACAGUGCUCUGCCUCUGGUGGUCCCUCAGAAUCCCCCAGGUCUGUGACUUCACCUUCUUCCCCCUCAGGAAGGCAGCCAGUGUUGUCCACUGGGGGGAGGGAGACCCCCAUAGGAGGUGGGGCCCUUGCGUGUCUGUCUUUCUGUGUUUUUCAAAAAUAAUGCUGCCAAAAGAUCUGCUUGUUUGCAAACCUUUUUUAAAAAAAAUAAGAGAGUUGAUAUUUUCAUUACUUUGAUAUAAAUACAGUUGUAAUAUAUUACAA